AUGGCUGCUGAAAUUAAACCUGCACCUAGAACGCCAAACGAUCGUUUCUCUACAACGAAAAAGCCGGCUCUGUUGAACAAAUUGGAAGGCUGUACGGACGAAGUUAAUGCGGCGGUUGUUAUACCUGGCGAGGACGGAGUUAUUAGCGUUUGCGAUGAUAAAACAGUACGAGUCUGGCUUAAGCGGGACUCUGGCCAGUAUUGGCCCAGCAUCUGUCAGUACAUGCCGUCCGGAUGUACAUCCAUGUUUUAUACACCUGAGACUCGUCAGUUAUUUAUUGGACAAGAGAACGGCACUAUAUCUGAGUUCACACUUGCGAUGGAUUGUAAUAGGAUAAAUCCUUCUCGAGAGUAUCUAGCACACACAGCAAGAGUAACAGCAGUGAUAUUCUCCCUUAGCUGUGAGUGGGUGCUAUCAGUGAGCCGUGACAAGCUGUUCUCUUACCACUGCAGUGAGACUGGCCGGAGAAUUGGCGGAUAUUCUUUUGAAGCGUGGUGUACAGCUUUGCAAUUUGACUCGCAGUCAAAGUACGCAUUCGUGGGCGACUACAGUGGCCAAAUCACCAUGCUGAAGCUAGACAACAACGGAGCUACCUUAGUCACUACUCUCAAAGGUCACACUGGUUCUGUUCGAGUAUUAAAUUGGGCACCGUUACCUCAACUCCUCUUCAGCGGUUCAUUCGACCAGACGAUCAUAGUAUGGGACAUAGGCGGCCAAAAGGGCACAGCUUAUGAACUACAAGGACAUAGUAACAAAGUAACCGGUCUCUGGUACGUGGGCAGCUGUGAACGAUUGGUGUCGGCAGGUGAGGAUGGGGCAAUGGGCGUAUGGGAGAUGGCUGUGAAGAGAAGAGAAACGCCUGCGUGGAAAGAAUCUGAUCUGUGCCAGAUUUGCAGAGCACCUUUUAUAUGGAACGUUCGGGCUAUGAUGGAGAAGAAGCAACUAGGUCUCCGACAGCAUCAUUGCCGGUGGUGCGGCUCAGCGGUGUGCGCGACGUGCUCGCCACAUAGACUGCCACUUCCAAUUAUGGGGUUCGAGUUCCCGCAGCGCGUAUGCACCGUUUGCUACGAAACGCUUCGUCAUGAGCCCCGCGAAUCCCUAGCAUCAUUCCACGAUAUGAAACACGCGGUUGCGUCUCUAUAUGUGGACGAAGCGACCGGCCGCAUGUGCACAGCUGGCAAAGACCGCGUCAUCAAAGUGUGGGACAUCAGCGUUUUAAUUGCACCCGCGCCGAAGCCUGGCACCUCUGACCAAUAGCCGUGAGUGCCUACUGGCCCCAUGUUAUAUACUAAUACCAGUUCGAUUAUUCUGUAUAAAAAGGUAUCUUCGUGAUUGAUAUAAAUUUUAAUGUCAAGCGGCGCUAGUUAAUUCAUCGUGUGUCAGGGUUGGAUCUUUCUCGUCAUCGCGCAUUUUGAUGAUAAACUUAUUAUUAUGCAGAUGCCAGUGUGCUUUUAUGCGCUAGAAUGUCAAUUUGACAAAGCAGAGUCCUUGACGAUACUCCAUUAUAAAAUACCUAGCGGGUUUCAACCCGUAAUGGCUGAAAAGAUUUUGACAUGACAUUCAAGUAUCAAUUUCUUCUACUAACAACAAAAAAAAUUGUAUCUAAAUUCAAUAACACCUUUUCAUGGUCAAAAGAUGCUUAUCAGCCGAGAUAGGUAGGCAUAUUACAACAGUAAUGGAAUCGAACUGAACAAUUCGUACGAAGUCCCAAGGUUUGCGUGGAAUGCAUUGAAAUCUCGGGACUUGUACUUGAUUUUGAUUAUCAUAAUCAUCUGUUAAUGUUUGGUGCUGUACAGUUCUGCAUAUGUAUAAAUGAUUGUAGUAGUCAGUGUUAACUUGUAACUUGUGGAAUAAUGGCACUUAUACAUCUGCAAUUAACCGUGAGAGCGCCAUCAAAUUGAUGCUUGUAGAAGCGAUGCAGUGGCGCGGCAGCCGCCUGGCAGUCUGUAAUACUUUAGUAAUUUUUAGUUCACUAAUUGUGACUACAAAAGUGGCGCGCGCGAAUCACGACAGUGGCGCUGCAACUGCGCUUCUAAAUAUUGUAUGAGAAUUAGAAGUGUUGCCACUGCAGAGCUUCUAUAAGCGUCUAAUUUUAAAGACACACCCUAAGGGUAAAUAGUGCAUAAGGUAUUAAUUACAUAGGAACUGAAUGUGAAUAAAUUAGGCGUGCUCUACACAUAUCCGUAUACCAAAAACGCUCUUUACGUAUUCGAUACCUGCCGCCGGAUCAAGCUCACUUGUAUGAGCGUGUAUGUAGUACGAUUAACUACGUUAAAAAAAUAUCACCAAAUAGAACGUUUUAAAUAAAAAAAAUUUGAUUAUGGAUGACUUACGUACAAAUUACUUGCACACGAAAAUCAGUGUAAAGUUAAUGAAUAUAUGUAUAAAAAAGAAAUAUUGUUUUUGGAUUGCGCCAGCACAGUAUACAAAUUUACAGAGAUGGUUUAGUUGAUGAGAGUAAUUUCAUAGUAUAACAAGAAGUAUACUACCUUUGUUGUCAUAAACAACGCAUUUGCAUUUUGGUAACUUUCAAGAUAUUACACCCAAAGUUUUUUUCUUUGAUAAAUGUCGAUUACGCUGUUUUUGCUUAACAACAAAACUGACAGUAAAUACGAUAUAUAAAAAAACCGCUUAAAGGGGGUUGUAGAUCUCGUUUCAAUGAUUCUAGAUGUGUUAAUAGCUCAAUUUAGUUAAAAAUGUCGAUUACGUUGUUUAUGAUAAGGACGGCAGUGUAACUCCCGCUUAUUCGGCGCGUCAAUGCUUACACGUCGGUUAACUUGCACCGUAGGGUUGUCACAUUAUUAUUUUAGUUGUACCUAAAGGCUGUUUUAUUGAAUAUCAUGAUGUUUUACCAUGGCGAUAUUCAUAUAUUUUUGUUAAAUAACUCCACAAUUUUUUUAUAAUUAUUAAUACGGUGAUAAAACAACUUUAUAUUCAAUAAAAUUUAUAUUACAAUCAAUACAGCGUCAUCUACGUCAGCUUGUACGCAGUAGCUAUUAAGGUACGGGCUAAGAGAGAUGUUCCAUAAGUCUUUCACAAGGUGACUCUUACGGCGUUAAAAAGUCGAAAAACCCAAUACAAAAGAUCUGUAACAAAAACAUUGAGGAAUUCAUAAUGCCGACUCCACACGCUUGCCAAACCAUGGCAAGGACGUCGAUGCGCGGUUGAUGACAAAUAAACGUGUGGAUGUUGUAUUUGGAUUGACUUGCGCGAGCUUACAUGUGUUUAGAUUUUAAGACUUUCGUGGUUAUUCACUAAAUGAUUAUCACUAGUAUCAGGUUUCUUACCACGGUAUGACUUCUUUUUAUUUUCCAGAUAUUUCGGAACGGUUUCACGAUCCAUGGUCACGGGUAGUCAACCCGUUUGCUUGCGGCGUUUGCCAUGUAUCUACACGUUUGUGCUAGUUAGUAUUGUUUGAGAACUGUCGAUAGACAGACUUAUUUUUCUGCUACAUUGGCUUGAUGGAUAUUAUGUAUAAUAUUUAAAAAAAUAAUGCUGUACUUUAUUAAUGGCUGAAUAGUUUAAACCUUUGCCUUUUCCUUAGCGGAAAGAAUAUAAAAAUAACCAAGUAUUACAAUGAAGGAAUGUUCGCUUUCCGUGGUUAUAAAUUUGGAAAAUGGGUGACUGGGCACUCUUUCUGAAGUGCUACCAAGCAGAACCCUGCAUUUGGAAUCUGAAGCAUAAGGACCAUAAAGACCGAACGUAAUAGCAGACACAAAUUCGACGUCUGCCAUGCUUGCUUCACUCACUGGAGCAUACUGCAAGCGUGUGGAUGACGACGUUUGUCACAUCUAAUUUGCCAAGCGUUUGUAGACGUUUGGGGCUUCUGGCAAAUGGCAAGCGUUUGGAGCCGUCAUUAGAUCUGCUGACUCGACCUGUACCCCAGAUGACAGAGCAUCAUCGAGCAUAUACAUACACACACACAAGCAGCGCUGCUAAAUUUAUAUGGAAUGACACUACUUAUUAUACUGUGGUAACAUUGACAGACGAUGCAAUAUUAUCAUUGCCUUAAAAUAUAGAUGAUAUUACUGUAUAGUGGUGGUAAGCGGCACGUUUACCCAUAACAGUUGCAGAGCCUUAAAUUGUAAGAGUUACUACUCUGUGGCAACUUUAUGUCUCAAGUUGACAAGUCCUAUGUGCCUAAAACCGGAACGUCCGCGCCGUAAUCCUCAUAUUACAUCUUGGCAAGGCGGAAGAAAUAAGCGUGGCAGUAGUUCCCUGGAUGAAUUCUUUCACAAGAAGCAACACUGCUAUUGAGUCUGUAGUUCAACCUUUACUGUUUAGUCGGCGUGACCGUCAUAGACCUUUUACUCACUCUCAUUAUUUAUACAUGGUAAAAAUAACGGCGUCUCGUAUUCUUUAAUAAAUUAAUUAUAUUUGGUGAUAUUUUUCAGCUACAAUCCAACGAAACAUUUCAAUUACCUACUUUUACUUACUCUCGCUAUUUAUACAGGGUGAAAAUAACGGCGUCCUGUAUUCUUUAAUAAUUAUAUUUGGUGAUAUUUUUAGCUACAAUCCAACGAAACAUUUCAUGUAUUUCAGCUAUUUUUGUAACUAAGACUGAAUUACUCCAGAAUAAUCUUAAUGAGAUUUUUAGAGCUGAGAACUAUUUUAGGAAAUCUGUGAAGGGUGAAAUUGAAGUUUUAUUGAUGUUAUUGUUUGGAGUUUAUUCGUUAAGAAUUUCUUUUAUAAAUGAAAUGAAAACAAUCUCGCACGAUACAAUGGCAUUAUUGAAUUUCAAUCUUAUUCUGUGUGAUCUAUAUGUUCUACAGAAAAUUGCCUUUUGUUUUUUAACUAUAUUAACAGAUGUAUUUUAUGCGUUAUUCCAUAUUCGUAUUCCAUCAAUUUAAGCUUCUUUUUUAAAAUUGCAUGUAAGAAAGUACGAAAUUUUUUGUAUUUUUAAAAUUUAAUUUUAAUCAAAUUAAUUUUCUACUUUAAAAUUAAGAAAUUUGGUUAUAACUUAAUGUACAUCUCA